UGAUGAUUGCCAGUGCCAUUGUCACUGCUACUGUGAGACACCACGUCUUGCGAGGCAGGAAGGAGAAUGGUUUAGAGGUUGAAUGCAGUGGUGUGGCUUCGAUACACAAGGGUUUGGUUUCGAUCAAUCCAGUCGACCACGCAACCGACGAAAGGACGGGUUGAACCCACCCGUGAUUGUUUGGCGGACUGGUGACUGGACGGAACUGUUUGAUGCCCACUCACUCCUACUGUUCAAGUUGACCCGGUUCGACAUAUGUUCAGCCCGUCUCGUCCAUGUCCAUGACGAGGCAAGGCAAGACAAGGCGAUCCGGAUCCAAUCCAUUCGAUGCCGUACCUGCCACGGAGGGAGAAGAGAAGAGAAAGGGAGAAAGACCGUUCGUCCGAACAGAACAAGAACAAGGCGCCCCCUCACCAUACAAGAACGACGUGAAACGGAAGAGGACGGGAAGGGACGGGCACCAGUUCAGAUCAGAACAGUUCAUCCCAUCCCAUCCCAUCCCAUCUCGUCACUUGUCGUCUUAUAUGAAACGAACGGGGUGGCCAUAUUUUGAGAUGGGUUACGGGAGCUGGUCUUCUCGUCAGAAGUGUGUGUCGGAGCGCUCGUGGGAGUUAAGGUACCAGGAGAUGAAUGAAUAUGAAGUUCAUGUACGGUACCAUAUGUCGUCUAUCAAUCUAUCAAUCUACCUCCUUGCAAAGUAUGGUAAAAAGGAGCAAAGUCCGAUACGAUGGGAAAAUGC